AUGGCUCCAAUGUUGGAGGACUCAUCCAGUCCAUCGAGUGGUCUUCUCAUUCAUAACAGCCUCAAUCAUAAAUACACCGCAUCGUCAGUGUCUUCAGCAACAGAGCACUCCGUUGAGAGCGUCGCUUCAUGGCCAGAAAGUUCACCUGAGACAAAAGAUCAAGCCACUUCAGAGAGAAAGCUCAGUCUUGACCAACUAUUGGCAGAGCUAUACGAAGAAAACAUCGUCGCCAAACCCUAUCGAACGGCAGUAAAAGGUUUACAAGAGGGUGGUCCAGCACGCAAUGGAUUUCCGGAAAUUGUCCCUCAACAAGGUCCCAAUCAAGGGAGAUGGGAAUAUCGUGAACCGGAUUUCUGGACGUGCGGAUUCUUUCCAGGAACACUAUACGCUCUACUUGAAAGGUCAAUCAGAUACCCUGGGUCCUGGAAAGGAGAUGGUUCCGCACUUGAGUCUUCCGUGGAUGUCAGAAACCACCUACUGCCACUAUGCAAGUCUUGGUCAGAGCCAUUGCAUGACAUGUCUAGCAGAACUGAUACUCACGACAUUGGCUUCAUCAUCAUGACAGCUCUUCGACGAGAAUGGGAGCUUUUCGGGAAUGGACAAAGUCUUAGUUCCAUCGUGAAAGCGGCCCAUAGCUUGGCUUCUCGCUAUGUCUCAUCUGCAGGGGCGAUUCGCAGCUGGGACUGUCUACUGAAGAAGGACAUAACCGUCACAGACAUGGAUAAUAACCUUCUUGUCAUUAUCGACAGCAUGUGUAAUCUUGAUCUACUAUUUUAUGCCGCUGCCCAAACUAGAGAGCAGAAGUUGGCUAAUAUCGCCACCACCCACGCGACAACCCUACUCAAGACACAUCUUCGACCAGAAAGUGUGAAUUCUUUGGUAGAGGAUGGAUAUAAAGGCCAACUUUACUCAACUUGCCAUGUUGCCAACAUCUCUCCGCAAACAGGAGACCUGAAAUGGCAAUGGACAGCUCAGGGCUAUGCUAAUGGCUCAACAUGGGCGAGGGGCCAAGCAUGGUCUGUCCUUGGUUAUGCACAAGCUUACAAUUGGACCAAGAACGAGGUAUUCCUCGACGCAGCUUGCGGUUCAGCAGAGUACUUCCUUUACAGGUUGGAUACAUCUCCUUCAUGUGUCGAGGUUCAAGACAAAGACAAUCUGAAAGGACGAUAUGUGCCACUCUGGGACUUUGAUGCACCGAUUGAAAACCCCCAGGAACCACUUCGGGAUUCAUCUUCAGGUGUCAUUGCGGCCAAUGGAAUGCUACUACUGUCGCAAUCACUUGUAGCCUUGGGCAGACACUCGUUAUCAGGUCGAUUCUUGAAAGCAGCCAUCAAGAUAAUCAGAGACACACUAGACGUUUCUCUAGCAACUGAGAAGGCCAAGUUUGUCGUUGAGAAUGAUGCUCUCAAAGUGGAGGAUGUACUAGCCAGACAGACAUUUGAUGCAAUUCUCAAACAUGGGACAGCUAAUAACAAUGAAAAUGCGAGGAGACGCUACAGCAACCAUGGUUUGGUAUACGGGGAUUACUAUCUAGUUGAGUUUGGGAAUUUACUUUUGAGUAUGGGAUUAGUUUAG